AUGGCGAACCCAAACCGGUUAGAUACAAAUAAUAACCUUGAGACUCUCUUAGACUUGGAGAAAUCGGUAUCAGUUAAGCAAAAUGGAGUGCCACUGGAACCCCGGAAGAUGAUGCCAGGUCAUGGCCUCGAGUUCAAGAACCUAUCGUAUAGUGUCAUGAAAAAGCAGAAGAAAGAUGGGGCGUGGAUCACCAAAGAAGCAUAUCUUCUCAAUGAUAUCUCUGGACAGGCUAUGAGGGGUGAAAUCUUGGCCAUCAUAGGGCCUAGUGGUGCAGGAAAAUCCACAUUUCUUGAUGCCAUUGCUGGUCGGAUUGCAAGAGGGAGUCUCGAGGGAUCUGUUCGGAUAGAUGGAAAACUGGUAACUACCAGCUACAUGAAGAUGAUUUCAUCUUACGUAAUGCAAGAUGACCAGCUCUUCCCCAUGUUAACAGUUUUUGAGACCUUCAUGUUCGCAGCUGAAGUUAGACUUCCUCCUUCAAUUUCCAGGAAUGAGAAGAAGGAAAGAGUCUAUGAGCUCCUUGACCAACUGGGUUUAACGAGCACAGCACAUACGUAUAUUGGAGACGAGGGAAGGAGAGGAGUUUCAGGAGGUGAGCGCCGAAGAGUAUCUAUAGGAAUUGAUAUUAUCCAUAAGCCAGAACUGCUGUUCCUUGAUGAACCUACAUCAGGUCUCGAUUCCACAAGCGCUUACAGCGUGGUUGAAAAGGUGAAGGAGAUAGCCAAGAGCGGUAGUAUCGUCUUGAUGACCAUCCACCAGCCAUCUUUCAGGAUUCAAAUGCUCUUGGACCGUAUCACAGUUCUCGCACGGGGCAGAUUGAUUUACCUGGGAAGUCCAGCUGCUCUCCCUGACCAUCUUUCCGGAUUUGGAAGGCCUGUUCCUGACGGUGAAAACAGCAUGGAGUAUCUUCUGGAUGUGAUCAAAGAGUAUGAUGAAUCAACAGUGGGACUUGAACCGCUUGUGUUGUACCAACGCGACGGUAUCCAACCGGAUCAAGUGGCACGGACACCGGUUCGUAAAGCACCAAAAACCCCCAGAACACCACGUACUCCUUACAUGAAGACCCCUCUAUCGAAGUAUGCCAUCAGCCUACGAAGCCAAGGGUUCUCGGCUACAGGAAAUAUGACAUCUCAAGCGGACUCUGGUCAAUUUGAUUACAACGAAGAUGAUGAUGAGGAGGAAUUUGACAACUCCCUCGAACGCAAAUCUGCUCGCACACCAAUGCAAAGUGGUGUUUAUAAUCCCCGUUUGGCUUCUCACUUCUACAAAGAUUUUCCAGUCUGGGUCUUCAAUGGUGUCAAAGGAACUCCUCGCCAAGCACCAUCAUGGACUCCUGCGAGAACGCCAGGAAGGACACCCGGGAAAACACCAAUGACUGCACCAAGAAGCCAAACUUCCAGCCGAUACUCGACACCACAGUAUGCCAUCCCUCGUCCAAAAACCCCAGUAAUUUCUACCCCCUCGCUAGACCCAUAUUCUCCUUCUUAUGAAGAGUUCAGCUGGGACGAAGAAGAGCUUGAUGAGCCAGACCAUGGUCCUAAAUUCGCUAACCCGUGGCUCCGGGAGGUAGCAGUUCUUUCAUGGCGCACUGCACUUAAUGUGGUUCGAACUCCUGAGCUUUUCCUCUCGAGAGAGAUUGUAUUAGCCGUUAUGGCACUCAUUCUAUCCUCACUUUUCAGGGACCUGGGUCAUCCAUCUUUCCAAGACAUUAACAGGCUUCUCAAUUUCUACAUCUUUGCAGUUUGUCUUGUUUUCUUUUCCUCCAAUGAUGCUGUCCCAACUUUCAUCCAAGAAAGGUUCAUCUUCAUCAAGGAAACUUCCCACAACUCGUACCGUGCUUCCACCUAUGUCAUCUCUUCGCUCAUAGUCUAUCUCCCCUUUUUUGCCAUUCAAGGGUUUACAUUUGCUGCCAUAACCAAAUUCUUGCUUAAUCUCAAAAGCAAUCUCGUCCACUUUUGGUUGAUUCUUUAUGCAUCCCUCAUAACUACUAAUGCUUAUGUGAUGCUUGUUAGCGCGCUUGUCCCGAGUUACAUCACAGGUUACGCCGUCGUGAUUGCAACAACUGCUCUAUUCUUCCUCACCUGUGGAUUCUUUUUGAAGCGCUCGCAGAUACCUGUCUACUGGAGGUGGCUCCAUUACAUAUCUGCAAUCAAAUAUCCGUUUGAGGGAAUGCUAUCAAAUGAAUUCAAAGGCUCAAAAUGCUAUUCCGGGAAACCUUCAGAACUUUCCCCGGGCCCUCUAGGGGAGAUCACAUUCAGCCAAGUGCAUAGUGAUUCAGCUGCAAAACUAGGGCCAAACUGCACAUUGUUUGGGCAAGAUAUUCUGUCCUCCAUGGAUAUUACGAUGGACAACAUUUGGUAUGACAUUGGCAUCUUGUUAGCUUGGGGAGUCCUUUACCGUUUCUUCUUCUACCUGGUUCUUAGAUUCUACUCCAACAAUCAGAGGAAAUGA